AUGGAUAAUACUGCAGUGAAAACCGUCGGUCGGCAGUUACAUCAUCUUGGCUUUCCUCUUGACAUCGUCCUUAUGACACCAAACAUCAGCCAAGCUGAACGCAUGCUUGACGACUUUGAUAAAGCUUGUGGAAAGAUUGGCCUUCGACUAAAUCUUACAAAAAAGAUUUUCACGAAGAACGGAUUGGUUUCUUGUGCCCCAUUGACGCUCAACGGAACCUGUAUUUCUGAAUGCUCCAGUUAUAUUUAA